AGAAUGCGGUUAUUGCGGAGGUGAAAGCCGUGGUUGAGAAAUGGGCACGCAAAAUGGAGGAGAAGAGUGAGGAACGUGCGGUCAAGGAGACAAAAACGACAGCAAAGAAGGGAAAGGGGAGUAAGAAAGAUGAUGCGGGUUUCAAGACACGAAACCCGGGUCUUGUCAACCUCGGCAAUACUUGCUACUUCAACUCCGUGUUCCAGGUGAUGGCAUCCCUAUCACCAUUACACGAGUUCAUCUCUGCGUUUCCCCCGCCAUCCUCGACUGGACCUCUAACAGCCGCAUUCACCGCGCUUCUUGACGAUUUUUACAAUAGCAAGAGUACACAGUCCAUCUCCCCCGUGGGCCUCAUGACCCAAAUCGGCAAGAAAGGCGGUUCAACAUUCCGUCGAAUCGGAGACCAGCAAGAUGCCCAAGAGCUGUUGCGCACCUUAUUGGAGGGAAUGAGGACAGAGGAAAUCAAAACAUGGACGCAGGAAGAACGGGAAUUGGCGCAAAAACAACCGACGGGGAAAACGAGGCCGAAACGGACAUUUGUGGAUCAGGUUUUCGGGGGUACGCUGGCGAGUAUGGUCGUUUGUGAUACGUGUAAGAACGUGUCUACCAACUUCGAGGAUUUUGGGGAGUUGAGUUUGGGGUGUAAGCCUGUUUUGACACCGGGGAUGGUCAAACCACCGCCUGUGCCUUCAUUAGGUGGAGGUAGGGCAUCUGGGUUUGAAAGUGCGCCUGAGGUGGAGUUGAGCAAGAGUGCGAUCGAGGACAGAGAAAAACGGAUGCGAAAACGGGAUAGACUCAAGGCCGCAAUGAGGUUCUCCUCGAGAGAUAGAAGGACGAGAAGAGAAAGUAACGAGUCUGCCAAAAGCGGGGGGACGGAUCGGAGUCGGUUGUCGAUGGAUGAUGCCAGGCCGGAGUUAACGGCUGUUGUUAGUUCUGCUGAUGAGGAUGGCGAUGAUGCCGAUGAGGAUGCAGGGCUUAGAGGUCGGUUGGCGGGUAUGUCACUCGGUCUCGACCGUUCCAAAUCUACCUCGCGUCGGAAGAGUUCCACCCGAGCAUCCCCCGGGCCCGAACAGAAGAAGGAGGAAUGGGGCGCGUACCUCCGAAACCUUGUAUCAUGGGGUCAGCAAGCAUCUGCAACAGCGGGUACGGCGAAGAUGAAGAAAGGACAAGUCAGUAUUUGGGAUUGUAUGGAGGAGUUCUUUCAGGUUGAGAAGUUGGAGGGGGGAAAUGCCUAUGCAUGUGAGGAGUGUGGGAAGAUUGCUGCGGGGGCGAAGAUGGAGGUUCAGCAGGUUGAGGAGGCGGUUGAGAUGCGAAUUGAGGAAGAGAAGAUGGAGGUGGAGGCGCAGAAUGAUGCAGCGUCGGAUACGUCUGAUGAGAGUUUCGUGCACGUUGAUGUGAGUCCGGCGCCGUCAUCGACGAAUGGGUCCACGGCGCAAUCAUACAUGACCGCUCCUACGACUGAAUCCAACACCACUGCUCCAGCGCCAUCGCCACCUUCAGACGAGAAAGAAGAGAAGAAAGAGGAGAAGAAGCCUACGGUUAUGCGAACUGCGUAUAAGCGCUUCGUCAUUGCUACACCACCAAAGGUUCUUACCCUCCACCUCAAGCGCUUCCAGCAAGUCGGCCGUUCUAUGCGGAAGAUCGACGAUUUCGUGGAGUUCGAACACGAGAUUGACAUCCAGCCGUUCAUCGCUCCGGACAGCAUGGACAAAACCACGAGCACCGAAGGAGUCAGCACGAAAUACAGACUAGUGGGCGUCGUGGUACACAUAGGUACGAUGUCGGGUGGUCACUACAUUUCCUACCAACUCAACCCACGCAUCACGUUAGCGGAGGAGGCAGCGAAGAAAUCGGUUACGGACGCUCCUUCGGUGGAGGAGAAGCCGAAGGUUUGGGAACAUAGACGGUGGUGUUAUGCUAGUGAUACGAGUGUACGGGCGGCGACUGAAGCGGAGGUACUUGAGGCUAAAGCAUACUUGCUGUUCUAUGAGAGAAUUUAGAA